GCCAAGGUGGCCUUCCUACCCGGCUUUGCAGAGCUGAGAUCUGGCGUCUCCAGUUCUGAAAAGCACAUCCAAGAACUGAUCUGAAGCCUCCCCACGUAUCAGCAGAUCCCACACCACCGUUUGGUGAAGACUGAGUGCGCCUGCACGGGUCACGUCCCUCCAGACUCAGCGCCUACACGUUGCCGCGGCCCAGAUCGCUGCUGCUGCUGCUGGAAAGUUACAGACACCGGAACGCUGCGCACGGCCUGUGGCCCCAGAGCCAAGGACUACCCGGCUCCAGAAAAACCCACAGAUAUUUCGAAAAGAAAUCUGUAGCCUGAAGUUUGUGGUGCGUUUGUAACCAGCAAAGGAGGAGGAAGAGAAAAGCACUGUCACCCAGGAAUCCUGCACUGGAGAAGCGAUUCUUCCAAGAAUGGUCUCCCACUCAGAGUUGAGGAAACUCUUCUCCUCAGCAGAUGCUGUGUGUUUUGAUGUUGACAGCACAGUCAUCAGAGAAGAAGGAAUUGAUGAGCUGGCCAAAUUCUGUGGUGUGGAAGCUGCUGUGUCAGAAAUGACACGGAGAGCCAUGGGUGGGGCAGUGCCUUUCAAAGCUGCGCUCACUGAGCGCUUGGCACUGAUCCAGCCCUCCAGGGAGCAGGUGCAAAGGCUGCUAGCUGAGCAUCCCCCACACCUGACCCCCGGCAUAAGGGAGCUGGUAAGUCGUCUACAGGAGCGAAAUGUUCAGGUUUUCCUCAUAUCUGGUGGCUUUAGGAGUAUUGUGGAGCAUGUUGCUGCCAAGCUUAAUAUCCCAGCGAGCAAUGUAUUUGCCAAUAGACUGAAAUUCUACUUUAAUGGUGAAUAUGCAGGUUUUGAUGAGACACAGCCAACAGCCGAAUCUGGUGGGAAAGGAAAAGUUAUUAAAUUUUUAAAGGAAAAAUUUCACUUUAAGAAAAUAGUCAUGAUCGGAGAUGGAGCUACAGACUUGGAAGCCUGUCCUCCUGCUGUACGUAUUCAGGAUGCUUUCAUUGGAUUCGGAGGAAAUGUGAUCAGGCAGCAAGUAAAGGACAACGCCAAAUGGUAUAUCACUGAUUUUGUUGAGCUUUUGGGAGAACUGGAAGAAUAAUACCAACUUCAGAUGAGUUUUUCAAAGUUAUAGGCUCCUAGGAGUCUAGAAAGUGCUAUUUUUUUUUCUGCUGUAGUUGCAAUAUUAAUAUGACCACUAAUUACCUGGAGAGUUUUAUAGUUUGAAUUCUUUAUCUAUUCCUAGCUAUAUUUUACCUGAAGCCUUCUGAGGUGCUUAGUAAAUUAAGCACUCUCAGUAACAUGGAUUCAGCAGCCUUACAUGAAUAUUGGGUUUCCCUUUGAUAUAGAAAUAAAAGUUUAUGCAUCUGUCAGAACAGACUCGUUCCA